AUGGCGUCAACCCUCGUGGGCGCGACGUUGAAUAUUCUCCGCCGCCAGGUUGAAGACGUCGAUCCAGACGACCCUCCCGAAGCUGGCCAGAAAGAGAUCUUCUCAUCAUGGGCCCUCUUUAUUCUGAUCAUGCUGCUGAUUGCGGCGCUGUUUACGAGUUACAUCCUACAGCAGAAGAGAAUACAAGCUGUCCAUGAGACCGUCAUAUCUAUAUUUGCUGGCAUGGUUGUGGGACUGGUCAUACGCAUCACACCUGGCACUGCGAUACAAGACACUGUCAGUUUCGACUACCAAUUCUUCUUCAACCUCCUUCUGCCGCCCAUCAUUCUCGCCUCCGGUUACGAAUUACAUCAGGCAAACUUCUUCCGCAAUAUUGGCACGAUCCUGACCUUUGCAUUCGCUGGUACCUUUAUCUCCGCCGUGUCCUUGGGCCUGAUACUCUGGCUGUGGACGCGAAUCCCUUUUGACGGCCUGACCAUCACCUGGGUCGAGGCCAUCUCGGUCGGCGCAACCCUGUCCGCUACCGAUCCCGUCACUAUCCUCGCUAUCUUCAACUUAUACAAGGUCGAACCCAAACUGUACACGGUCAUCUUUGGCGAGUCCAUACUCAACGAUGCCAUUGCCAUCGUCUUAUUCGAGACUGCCCAGCGAUACAGGGAAGGGGCUUCGGGGAACUUGAACAUUAUCAGCCUGUUCGAGGCUAUCGGCAUCUUCUUACUUGUCUUCUUUACGAGCUUGGUGAUUGGGGUGGUGGUGGGCAUCGGCACAGCCCUCGCUCUGAAGUAUACGCUCGUCCGCAGGUUCCCAAAGAUUGAGAGCUGUCUCAUAGUUCUGAUUGCAUAUGCGAGCUACUUUUUCUCCAACGGUGUUCACAUGUCAGGCAUUGUGUCGCUCUUAUUCUGCGGAAUCACCCUGAAACAUUACGCAUACUACAACAUGUCCCGAAGAACUCAACUUACCACGAAAUUCUUCUUUCAGAUCACUGCUCAGCUGUCGGAGAACUUCAUUUUCAUCUAUCUGGGACUCACACUAUUUACCGAGACCGAUCUAGUUUUCAAACCACUGUUCAUCCUCGUUACAGUUGUCGGCAUCUGUGGCGCACGGUGGUUGGCUGUGUUCCCGCUUUCAAAAGCUAUCAACUAUAUCAUUCGACUCCGAGCUAAACGCCGUGGCCGCGACGUGGCGGAAGAACUUCCAUGGCAUUAUCAAGUCAUGUUGUUUUGGGCUGGCCUGCGGGGUGCCGUCGGUGUCGCCCUGGCCGCUGGGCUACAGGGUAACGAGGGUCCCGCACUCCGCGCCACUGUCCUUGUUGUGGUGGUGUUGACGGUCAUUAUUUUCGGCGGCACAACGGCACGGAUGUUGGAGAUUCUGGGCAUCCGCACAGGCGUGGUCGAGGAGAUUGACUCGGACGACGAAUUCGAUAUUGAGACGGCCAAUGGCGGUACAUACUACAAGCGAUCCGGGACUGGUUUCGGCCACAACCCGCGACCCUCGGCGAUCGGCCUUGACUACGUGGGCAACGGCCGCGAAACAAAAGCCAAUGGCUCGGCGUCACACGCUCGAAACGACAGAGGGUACAGCAGUAGCAACGGCCGGUCUCCUCCACUUCAUCCUGGAGGCCAGCGCAAAAACUCUGCCAUCUCUCAACGUGAUCGUGAUCUCGUCGCUCAGCAAGGGAAAUUACUGUCUGGCCACGGCAGCACCAGCGGGUCAACAUCCGAUGACGACGAAGAUGCUGCUGCCGAGCUCGACCUACCACCCGCCGCACCACGAAGAAAACAGUCUCCUCUAUCGCUCCCACCAGGAGCUCACGAUACACGGGUACGGUCUGCGCCUGAUAUUAUUCUCAACAACGGAGAUGGUGAUUCCCUAGGAGUCGACCAAGGAGACAUGGGCACAGCUGCUACCCAACCUGUAAGAGCGUCGACGCCGCUAGUGGGAGCAAGUAGCUCGAUAAGGAACCUAUUGAGGGGGGCAACGGCGGACCACACUGCUUGGUUCCGCCAGUUGGAUGAGGAUUUUAUCAAGCCACAUCUGUUGUUAGACCAGCAUCAGGGUCAGGGCAAGGGCCCACCUCCUUCAUGA